AUGGACUUCAGCUCAGACCCAGCCCUGCAGCAGCUCCAACACUGCUCUGUGCCCAGGCUGCCCCUCCACCCAGGGGAUGAGGUCCUGGUCAUCAUCCAGCUGCUCCCUGGAGCCUCCUCUCUUGUCCCUGGAAACAAGUCACCUUCAAGGAGUUGGAAGCGACUGCUGUUCAGGCCACCGAGGCUGCAGCCCUUGCGCAGGAGGGCGCGGUGCCACUGCGAGCUCAUGGCCACGAGCGUGGAGCGGCGCCUGGGCAGCCUCACCAUCUUCAGCCGCGACGACUUCGAGGGCGAUUGGCGCCAAGUGGCCCGUGGUGGCUUCGGCCAGGUGUUCCAGGCGCGGCACAAGCGCUGGCGGCUGGAGUACGCCAUCAAGUGUUCCCCCUGCCUCCUGGCGGAAGCUACCAGCUCCGAUGUGAAUUGUCUCAUUGAAGAAGCAGCCAAAAUGGAGAAGAUCAAGUUUGAAGACAUUGUCUCCAUCUACAGGGUGUACAAGCAGCCCCUGGGCAUUGUGAUGGAGUUCAUGGCCAAUGGCUCCUUGGAGAAGAUGCUGCCCAUCCACAGCCUCUGCUGGCAGCUCGAGUUCCACAUCAUCCACGAGACCAGCCUGGCCAUGAGCUUCCUUCAUAGCAUUAAGCCAUCUCUGCUGCAUCUCCUGGACAGCAACAUGCAUGUCAAGGUUUCAGACUUUGGCCCGUCCAAAUGCAUGGAACAGUCAACCCAAAUGCAGCACAUUGAGAGGUCAGCUCUGCGAGGCACCCUCAGCUAACCCCCUGAAACGUUUCUGGAGAGUUACAAGGCCCCAGGCCCCCAAUAUGAUGUGUGCAGCUUCGGGAUUGUCGUCUGGGAGAUCCUCACUCAGCAGAAACCAUCUUCAGGCUUCAGCAUGAUGACCAUCAUCGUCCGAGUGGCUGCGGGCAUAAGGCCCUCUCUGCAGCCCAUCUCAGACGAGUGGCCAGGUGAGGCCCAGCAGAUGGUGGACCUGAUGAAGCGCUGUUUGGACCAGGACCCCAAGAAGCGGCCAUGCUUCCCAGAUAUCACAGUGGAGAUGGACAUGCUGCUGUCCCUGCUCCAGAGUCCUGUUGCAGACCCAGAGAGUGAGGCCCUGGUCCGGAAGGUGUCCUGCAAGCCGUCGCUGCGCCAACCCCUGGAGGUUAAUGAGGAAGUCAGCCAGGAGGUAACAGACAGUGACUCCAGAGACUACUUGGAGCGGGUCCUGCAGCUUUUGGACAGUGAGAGCUUGGUCCCUAGCCAUGAGGAGCUGCGCAUCUAGUUCAUUCUGACUCAUGGCAACCCCAACAAGGCCACGCCCCUCCACUUCCUGGUGGCACAGGGCAAUGUGGAGCAGGUGAGGCUGCUGCUGGUCCACCAGGUGGAUGUGGACUGCCAGACAGCCAGUGGCUACACUCCCCUCGUCAUCCCUGCGCAGGACCAGCAGCCUGACCUCUGUGCCCUGCUCCUGGAGCAUGAUGCCGAUGCCAACCUGGUGGACGAGGAUGAGAGUGGGGAUGACUGGACCACCUGCCUGCUCCUGGACCGCAGGGCCUGCACGGAUGCCCAGGAGCACGAGGGGUGGACCCCGUUGCAUUUGGCUGCGCAGAACAACUUCGAGAAUGUGGCCCAGCUCCUGGUCUCUCGUCAAGCUGACCCCAACGUGCACAAGGCUGAAGGCAAGACCCCCCUCCAUGUGGCCGCCUACUUUGGCCAUGUCAGCCUGGUCAAGCUGCUGACAGGCCAGAAGGCUCAGCUGGAUGCUCAGCAGAGAAACCUAAGGACACCGCUACACCUGGCAGUGGAGAGGGGCAAAGUGAGAGCCAUCCAACACCUGCUGAAGAGCAAGGCAGCCCCUGACGCCCUCGAUCAGGGUGGCUACGGCCCACUGCACACCGCGGCUACCCGGGGCAAGUACCUUAUCUGCAAGAUACUGCUGAGGUAUGGGGCCAGCACUGAGCUGCCCACCCAGCAGGGCUGGACACCCCUGCACCUAGUGGCCUACAAGGGGCUCCUGGAGAUCACCCACCUGCUGGCAGAGAGCCACGCAGACUUGGGUGCUCACGGAGGCAUGAACUGGACCCCUCUGCACCUGGCGGCCUGCCAUGGGGAGGAGGUGGUGGUGUCAACCCUGCUGCGGUGUGGAGCUGACCCCAAUGUUGCCAAACAGACUGGCUGGACACCACUCCAUCUAGCAGUCCAAAGAGGUGCCUUCCUGAGAAUUAUCAACCUCCUGGAGCACCAUGCAGACGUCCAUGCCUGCAGCAGGGUGGGCUGGACGUCUGCUCAUCUGGCUGCCUUCAAGGGCAACAUGGCCAUCCUUAAAGUGAUCGUUAAGGCUGGCACCAAGCUGGACAUCUAGGAUGGGGUAGGUUGCACACCCCUGCAGCUGGCCCUCCGGAGCUAAAAGCAGGGCAUCAUAAAGGGGAAGGAGCCUGCAGUGCCCAUUCUGGGUGGUGCAAGGCCUGGGGCCCAGUCGGAGGUUUAG